GCAAGAGGUCCGGCCUUCUCUGUCGCUGUCUCUCUUGCCUGUUGUAAUUCUGUCUGCCUCUCUCUGACUCUGCCUGUCUCACUCUUUCUGUUUGAGCCUCUCUACACUCUUGUUCCUUUUGCCUGAGUCACAGCCUCUUGGUCUCUGUGCUCCCCAAGCAUCUGUCUCUGUGGCCCUGUCCUUCUGUCCUGACACCAUCCCCUUUCCCGGUGCCUUCCCUGUACUUCGAGAAGGCUCAGGCAGGGAGACAGCACCGAGGACUCUCGCGGCUCUCUCCUGCGCCUUACUGAGCCUGCCGGCCAGGAGGGCCGCGGGGCGGCAGCCCGAGGGUGGCCUGUGGCCAAGGGAGGGCGGAGCCCACUGGGGCGGGACUGGCUCUAGGUCCACCUCAUAAAGCCAGGGGCGAGGGGCGCGCCGCGCUCUGGAGAAGCCGUGGAGGGGCAGUGUGGUCUGACAGUCCCCGCAGGCUCAGUCGCAGCCCUGCGGAGACAUGCCCCGGAGCCCCCGGCCCGCGCCGAGCUGGGCGCUGCUGCUGCGGUUGCUGGCGCUGCUGCGGCCGCCGGGGCUGGGCGAGGCGUGCAGCUGCGCCCCCGCGCACCCCCAGCAGCACGUCUGCCACUCGGCGCUCGCUAUCCGGGCCAAGAUCUCCAGUGAGAAGGUAGUUCCUGCCAGCGCUGACCCUGCUGACCCUCAAAAAAUGAUCCGGUAUGAAAUCAAACAGAUAAAGAUGUUCAAAGGGUUUGAGAAAGUCAAUGAUAUUCAGUAUGUUUAUACGCCUUUUGAUUCCUCCCUCUGUGGGGUGAAACUAGAAGCUAACAGCCAGAAGCAGUAUCUCCUGACUGAAUCAUACAACAGUAUCAUCUUCUACUUGUUUAUCAACCUUGAAUAUUCACGGGAAAGACGGAUGCUAAAGCUGAUGCUCCACUGCUCUGGCCGCCUGACACGAAGAGCUGACUCACUGGAAAAGACCCUGAUGCUGGGAAAGAUUGCGGGCAGGAUGACAGAGGAUGAGGUGGUUGGAUGGCAUCACCAACUCAAUGGACUUGAGUUUGAGCAAACUCUGGGAGGUAGUGAAGGACAGGGAAGCCUGGCAUACUGCAGUCCAUGGAGUCACAAAGAAUUGGACACAACUGACCAACUGAACAACACAAUUUGUCUUCCCUACUAGUUUUAAGCUCCUUAGGGGUAGAAAUCCUGUCAUGUUUAUUUCCUGUAUUCCUGGUACCAGGCCAUAGUAGUUGCUCAGCCAGUAAAUGACUGAAUGACUGAAGCUCUAAGAGAGGUGAGGGCUAGUAUGGCCAGGGAUGGCUUUGCGUUGGUACUAAAAAGGGUAUUUGGAAAAUAGGAAAGAGUGUGAUAUGUAAAGAAGGGGAAGGGGACAGACUCACCAAGAUAUCACUGGAGCAGGAGAAAGGUUGGAAAAGGUUGAAAAGGAAGAGAGACCUACUAUGUAUCGAACAUCUUCUGUGGGUCCACAACUGUGCAGGGAACUUCAUAGACAUUCUCUCAUUUAAUCUUGACAACAACCUUAUUAUUCUCAUCUUUCAGCUGAGAAGUUACAUGGAUUUCUUAUGGUCACACACUAGUAAAUGAUAGAAAAGAAGGGAUUUCUGCCAAGAUUCUGACUUAAAGCCCACAUCCCUCUGUCUGCACCAUGCUAAUGGAAAGGCCUUUGCCCUACAACUCUCCCUCAUACAAACAUCAUCUGGUAAUGGCUUUGAUAUAAAGACAGCAGAGGUUUUUCUGGCUCCUUCAUUGAGCCCCGUGUCACCACUUCCACCACAAGAUACCGAGGAGGCUGUGAUUCUGGGCUCCCUCAAGAACUCCUGGAGCUCCACAAGCAGACUCCUCAUGUCGGCUCUCCUCUAUCUC